CAGUGACCUUAUCAUACGUGCUGCAGAAUUCUAUUCAAACUGUGUCGGUCCUGAUCGUCGGACGUCUGGGGCCCCAUGAGCUUUCCGUGGCAGCGUUCUCAUUUAUGUUGGCCACGAUAGGUGAGAAUACUCAAUUGGUCGCUGUUAAAAAAUGAAAAUAUGUGUUACUUCAGGAUGGUGCGUCGCCCUAGGAGGUACCACAGCUCUUGACACUCUUGGUUCGCAAGCGUUCGCCGGAGGAGACCCGAAAUCCCUGUCUGUUCAUUUCCAGCGCUGCUUGGUUCUUCUAUGGCUUCUGUUCAUCCCCGUCGGAUUUUUGUGGGCCAAUCUAGAACCCGUCCUGUUAUCACUUGGUCAACAGCCGGACCUGAGUCGCGACGUGCAGCGAUUUAUGACCGUGUUAAUACUUGGGGCACCAGGAUACAUCGGCUUCGAGAGCCUUAAAAAGUAUCUUCAAUGCCAAGGUGCCUUGCUGUACUGAUGCCUCUGUGACUGGGCAACCACUGACUCAAUUGAUGCUACAGGAAUUAUGCGUGCCUCGACCGUCGUCCUC